AUGGUGAACGUUCCUAAAACCCACCGGACUUUCUGUGGCAAGCACCAUCCCCACAAUGUGACACAGCGCAAGAAGGGCAAGGAUUCUCUGUAUGCGCAGGGAAGGCGGCGUUAUGACAGGAAGCAGAGUGGUUAUGAUGGGCAGACGAAGCCGGUUUUCCACAAAAAGUCUAAAACUACAAAGAAGAUUUUCCUGAGGCUUGAAUGUGUUAAGCCCAACUGCAGAUCUAAGAGAAUGCUGGUUAUGAAGAGAUGCAAGCAUUUUGAACUGGGGGGAGAUAAGAAGAGGAAGGGCCACGUGAUCCAGUUCUAA